AUGAGGGCUGUGAGAAUUAAUUACACUGAGGACGAUAACCUACGCCUUAUAAGUCUUUGGAUUAAGCAUUCAGUAGAUCCAAUUCAUGGCACAUAUCAGAGCAGAGAGGCCUACUGGAACAAGAUAGCAGAAGCGUUCAAUUCGGGCCUGGCUGAAGGUGUAAGAAGAAGGUCAAAGAGACAACUCAAAAGCCAUUGGGGAAUAAUUAAUGCAGAUGUUACCAAGUUCAAUGGGGUCUAUGGUCAAAUGACCUAUUGUAGUAGGGAAUCUGAUGACAUGCUGAUGGACAAAGCACAUGCUGCAUUCAAAAGAGAAAACAAGAAAAAGCCAUUUACACUUGAAUAUGUCUGGAAGAUUCUGAGGAAGGAACCCAAAUGGUAUAGAAGUAUACCUAGUAUGGAUUGUUCAGAUAAGAACAAAAGCACAAAAGUAGAUGAAUCUGGAGCAUACACUUCAUCUUCCAACCAAGACACAGACGAGGGGGAGACAUUCAAAGAAGUGUGGCCAGAGGGGCAGAAGAAAGCAAAAGCUAGGAUGAUAGAAAAAGGAAAGGGAAAGACCAUACCACAAUCUCCCCUAGGCUCGCAGCCAGAUGAAGACAUGGUUUUGUUUCACGAUGCUACGUUGAAGAGCGCAAGUGCAUUAGAGAAAACAGCAGAAGCAUCAAAGGAGCAGGUUAGAAUGGACAAGAUAAAAAAACUACAUGCAACAGUUGGAUAA